AUGAGCAAGCGAAACAUCAUCUCGGUUCAGCAAGCUGAGCUACCAGUAGCGAAGAAGUCCUGUACUACCCAAACAUCCCAGAAAGCGGCGAAACUGGACCAAAUCAGAAUUUCCUCUCAUCCCAUCAGCUUCUUCGGCAAAACAAUCAAGAGAGGUCUCUCAUCUGAGCAAGAACAGGCAAGUUUCAAGAUACAUUACACUUGUCCCAAGGAACAAACAACAGCAACCACCAAGGAGAAAGCCAGUGCAGUCGGACGACAAUUCAGUAUGGAUCAACUCCUCGACCAGUGGUUCGGAUCGGAUAGGGAUAAGAGGAAGUCUCUCCGUUUCACUGGCUUCCGUCCCGUCCAACAACCUGUUGCAAAGAAAUACGACACUGGCAGCAACAAAACUACUACUCUGACCAACAACAAAACCACUGCUCUGAACAACAACAAGACCACUACUCUGAACAACAACAAAACCACUACUGUCAGUGACAUACCUCGUCCAAAGACGACCAGAAAGAAGACUGUCAAGCAGGCUUUUACCAUUUUCGAGGAUGACACCGGUACCGAGACUACCAACCCAACACCAGACGACAUAAAAAACGACCCAGCAUUUCAGAACUUUGGCUCCACAGAACAAAUAACCUCAUCCACCACUUAUAUCAGACGCGGCACCAAGACAGUAAUGCAGCUGGCUAGCUGGAAAUACGCCAGCUACGUUACCGAGUGGUUGAGCCCCCUGACCGCUCACCUGGACGCAUUGGGAACAGAGAGCGACUCAGGGUUUGUAGAAAGAUUAUGUACGUGGAGGGACAGAAUAGAGAAGGUGCGAGAAUACGGUGUUACUCAUCCCAAAGGAGUCCGAUACGGGACGUUGCAACACACGCAUCACGACAAUGAGGAGGAAUGGUUCACUGUGGAAGACGUGGAGGAAUUAGCGAAAAUCAUGGAGGACAUGCAUCAGUUUAUAGUGCUUCACCAGCUAGGGGACUUGCUUAAAGAAGGGGCUGUCCUGCAGGUUCAUGAGCACUGCAGCAAGACACUUACCAUGAUCGCGGGGUAUUGUCUGACGUUUGGCGGAGGAUUGGACGUUGGAGGUCCUAUUGAGAUGGGCUAUCUUGAAGAUGGGAGGAGAAAUCCGGAGUUCUUUAGACGGCUAGUGGCGGCGUGGUCGAGGAUCGUGGAGUUGUAUUUGGAUGAGGACCUCGAGAACCACUGGAAUGGGACGAACGGAAUGCAUGUUUGGUGGAUCAGGAGGUUGAGGAAGAGAAUUGGGGGGUUUGGUGUGGACGACUUUAUCGAUUGGGAGGUGAUGGAGAAUUUCUGGGGCGAUAGUUACCCGCCGUGCGAGCACGUCAGGAGAUUUGGAGGAAGAGUUAUUGUGGCAAAGGAAGAUCCGUACGCAGAGGAGAGGUUUCGGAUGGGGAUCGAUGAGUUCUUUUAUGUAUAA